CAUGAGCAUAAAUUGGCAUAAAAUACUAAUAUUAUUAUUGAUAUGGUGAGAAGGGAAAGUUCCAAUUGUAUUGGCGGAAAAAAAUAUUGUCCUUCCAAGUUUCUAACAAUGUUAGAAGCUUAACUUGCAUCGAAGGGGAUUGAAAACAAACGAAGAAACAGAGGCGAACAAGAAGGAAUUGGGAGAUUGGAAUUUUCUUUUUUUCUUUUUUUUUUUCCCAAUCUAAUCAUGGAAAGAGUUGUCCUCCAUGAUUGGAAUGUUGUGAACAGAAAUAGAAAUGUUGAAUAGCAGACGGAGAGAAAAAUCUGCUGACAUUUCUCAAACUGACAGUUGUUGGUUCUUCGUCGGUUGCGGUUGCGGUCUCAAUUUCGAGCUGGCUGAUAUCCACCCUCCAAAACACACAUUCAGAAACCCCUUUCUCCUUUUUCUGACUGUGAGAGAGCGCGGAAAUGAAAGUUCAUCCGGAGGAACAAAAUGUGUUUGAGGUAUGUUUGGUGGUUCCGAAAAGUAAAGCGAAGAAAGAAGAUGCCACUUGUGACUGUGUGGAGGUGCUUGAAAAUGCGUUUCUGAAGGUGGGUUUUAUCGUUGAGAGAAUUGAUGGCGUCACUGACGAGUUCAUGAAGUUGGCAGCUCCUCUGAAGUUAUUAGGAAAGGCUGCUGCACGCCUAGAAAUGAAGAAGAGGACUCAUAUUGGCAUGGAUUUGCUUUUUGGAUUGGACGAGGUUGAUGCUUUUGUGAGACAGCCUGAUGGUUCACUCUUCAGUUGGUGUGAGCGGUUUCGUUGCUAUCAUCACUUGAUAUAUGGGAUUGUAAAUGAGAACCAGUCAGCUGUUACUCUUAAAUGUGAUGAAGAAGAAUUUCAGUGGAAGGUUGGGGAAAGUUUAGUCCGUAUAUUGGAAUCCAAGAAAAUUGUUAAACAAAUAUUUCCUCUGCAUGAUGAAAUAAGGAGGAAGAAGCUUCUUGGAAAUUGGGCACUUAACUGGUGGGACAUUACUGGACAGCCUAUUGACGAGAUUUAUUCAUAUUUUGGUGCAAAGAUUGCGCUCUACUUUGCUUUCCUUGGAAUGUAUACACGAUGGAUGCUAUUUCCAGCUGCACUUGGGCUUAUACUGCACCUAGUUGAAUUUGGGUCCAUGCGAUUACUGGCCCUCCCCAUUUUCUUUAUAAGCAUUAUUUUAUGGGCUAUCAUGUUUUCUCAGUUCUGGAGACGGAAAAACUCUGCUCUUAUAGCCAGAUGGCAGAUCAAUUAUACAUUUGGAGGUGAUCCAGCUUAUAGACUUUCAGGCGUGGAUAGCUCCCUACAGAUACCUGUAGAGCUCAUUGAAGACCAGGAAAUGGAUAAGAGAAAAGAAAAGGAAGCGUUUCAAAGAAUUGAGUGGUUUGGUCGCCUUAGGCGAUUCAGAAAUGAUGCAAUUGUCAUCUUGAGCAUUAUAUGCCUCCAGUUGCCAUUUGAGUUGGCAUAUGCUCAUUGUUAUGAGGUCAUUCAGUCGGAUGUUAUCAAGUUUGGGUUGACUGUCUUGUACCUUUUUGCAAUUCAAUAUUUUACACGGUUAGGAGCUAAGAUGUCCAUGAAGCUCAUUAACUGUGAAAACUAUGAAAGCAAUGAAAAAAGAGCUGAUAGUUUGGUCUACAAGAUUUUUGGACUUUACUUUAUGCAAUCCUAUAUUGGAAUCUUUUACCAUGCCCUUUUGCACCGUAACUUUGCCACACUUCGUCAAGUUUUAAUACAGCGCCUCCUUAUAUCUGAGGUGUUGGAAAACUUGUUGGAAAAUUCUUUACCCUAUAUCAAGUACAGCUAUAGAAAAUACAAAGUUCGGAGAAAUAAAAGACGUGAAAAAGGAUCAUCUCAAGGGAAGAUCCAGUUCACUUCUCGGGCAGAGAAAGAAUACCUGAAGCCUUCUUAUUCUGCAAGCAUUGGUGUUGAGCUAGAAGAUGGGCUCUUUGAUGAUUGUUUGGAGCUAGCUUUGCAGUUUGGGAUGAUAAUGAUGUUUGCCUGUGCAUUCCCUCUUGCCUUUGCAUUUGCUGCAUUGAACAACAUCACAGAAAUAAGAACAGAUGCUUUGAAACUUUUAGCCAUGUACAAAAGACCCUUUCCCCGUGCAGCAACAACAAUUGGUGCUUGGCUCAACAUUUUUCAGUUUUUGAUAGUGAUGUCCAUAUGCACCAACUGCGCACUUCUAGUAUGGUUAUAUGACCAGGAAGGGAAAUGGAAGAUUGAACCUGGGCUUGCAGCCAUCCUAGUAAUGGAACAUGUUCUCCUACUGCUCAAGUUCUGCUUCUCUCGUUUAGUACCUGAGGAACCUGCAUGGGUAAAAGCCAACCGUGUGAAGAAAGCCACGCAGGCACAGGACAUUUGUUCAAAACAAUUGUUAAGAACCAUAUCAGGUGGAGAAAAAGCUCUAAACUAUGUAAAGAAAAUUGAGUAGAAAGAGGAAGGUAUUGAUAAAGCACAUUAUCUUUCCCACUUCCGUUCUUUGGUAUAGAGCAUAUAGAAUUAUAGAUGAAUAUCAUAGAAGUCUGAAUUUACACGAGGUGUUUUCUUUCUUUUCUUUCUUUCUUUUUUUUUUUUUUGGGGGGGGGGGGGGGGGGGGGGGGGGUGUUAUAGAUGUAUUUUCUCCACCAUCUUGUGUUUUUCUUUUUUUCUUUGUUGUUAUUAUCAUUAUUUUUUGGUGUUUUUCUUCAUUCACACGUACUGGUGGAUAGUUUUUGUGGGUUUGAUUUUCUAAACCCAUUUGACCAUUCCUCUUUCAAUGAAUGAAGGGAGGAAAAGAAUAGAGAGAUAGAUCAUUCAUUGCACACAGGGAAUCUUAGUACUGUUUUGCUUCCGUGAUCGUUCAUUUAUCAAAGAGAAUCUCACUUUAUUCCUCGAGAAAAAGCUGAAGGUGCAUUUUAUUUCAGACGCCUCAAGAAAAAGUUGAAGGUGCAUUUUAUUUCAGACGAAGAAGGAACAAGAAAGUAGACUAUGUACAUUGUUUUUGAUCUUCAGCUUUCAUGACACAAUACAAAUGAGUUUCAUUCUGAUCCUUUUUCUUCAUGCAAGCCAUAAGCCCCCAACCAAUGACUCAAAAGACGUGCGCCCAUCAUCAUUGAGACUACUUUGCUUUCAAAGGUCUUCCUUACACAAAAACAAACCUCAUGUUGAAGAGAGAAAUUGAGUCAUUCUAAUUCAGUCAAAUUCAUCAAGUUUCAUGGAAAUUUCAUCUGGUUCAAUUAGCGACGCCGGCUUCCAAAGCGAUCGCUUACUGUGCGAGCAUAAGCCACCACAGCUUUAGCCCAUUUCUUGAUUCCAGUCUUCAACUUCUCUGAAUUCAUCUCUUUCAAAGACUUUCCGCGUUCCAUUGGUAGCUCUGGGUAUGAAAAACAGAGAUCAAAAGAUCUCCUGCGCUUUCUGGCAGCUUCGUGCCUUGUGAGGCGCUUGGCCUCCUCGGCCUUUGUUAGAGAGAGAGACUUCUUCACAGACAUUGUCUUUUUUUUUUUCUUGGCUUCUCGUCUAGCAGGCAAGGAUUUGGCACAACCGGAGAGAGACAGUCCGGUAUUGGGUCAUAUUUAUAUGGCAGAGAUGGCAACUAGGACAAGUAACAGAUGUUGCACAAAUACGUGUUGUAUAAGCUCUUCCUUUGACUUUGAACAUUCAAAAUAUACUGUUUUUUUUGUAAAGAAGCCUUGGGUUUGCUAAGCUCA